UCGGUGGGCAUGGACUUAACGUCCGCGUCAUAUAUGAUCUCGCUCAGAUUGGUCGAAUGUCUUCCCGACAACUUCCGGUCUCAUGGAGCACAAUAUUUAAAUGUUACCUUCGUUUAGCUCUGUCACCUGCAUCUUAUAUUUAACGCUACAACAGCAGAAGCGCUUUGGGUAUUUAUGUCAAAUCAAAUGUUUAUUACUUUAUUAGCAAAAUGAUUCAUUCUCAAAAUAUCAGCCCGAGUCCAAACAUUGAGUUAGCUAGCGUUAGCAAGAGUGUUGCUAACGGUAACGUUUCUUACCGUGAGUGCGUGUGUGGAUUUAGAACCUCUUGUCAAUAGUUUUAUUGCAUGAACUGAAAAAAACUAAGAGGUGGUUGGUUAUUUUUACCAACAUUUAGCCGUACUCCGUGUUUGUAUAAAGGGCUGACGUUCGCGCUGGACUUUAAAUGUUAAAUUUCUCGUUGGUUUAUUUAGACAAAGAAGGAACAAUGACCGACGAAAACUUCAGUCGGUUUGAAAGAGUUUCUCAAAAGAUGGGCUGGGAUGGCGAAGGAGGUCUUGACACAGCGGAGAAAAAGCUGAUAAACUUGAUUGGCAAAACUCGACAUAAUGCCACAAGUGGGCAUCGAUCAGUUGAUCACUCAGCCUCUCCAGUCCAGCUUUCCCUCUCUGACAGUGAAAAUAAUCCACCGAAGGAGAACCAAUACUCCAAGAUCAUCAAUUACAGAAGCAAGCCCUUAAUUGAGUCCAGUGAUGAUGAUUUUGACGAAUUUCUUGUGGGCAGGGCUACACCGAAAGCUAAACCUGCCUUACUGAAAUCAUCUAGUGUUGCAAAGAAAUAUGGUUUAGUAAAGGUGGCGAGCUCGGACGAUGACGACUGUUUCGAGACGUUUCUGCAACGGGUGAAAACUCCGAUUGUCAAGAAAAUAUCAGUGUGUGGUAGUAAAGAUAGCCUCAAAAAGUUCAUAGUGGAUGACUACUCAUCAGAUGAUGACUUUAAGACAACAUCAACUUUGAAAGUGCCUAAGAGGAGAAAUACUCCAGCAUCCCAUCAUCCACUAAGACCCCUAUCUCAGUGUGACUCACCGGUCUUUGUUAGUGACAGUGAUGAUGAUUAUAAUGUCGUGGUCAAGAGCACUUGGAGGACUCGCCAUUCAAAACCUAAAACCCAAUCAACGGUUAACCAGAUUAAUGCUCUGCGGUGUGAUGAAGAGGACCGUUCUCCAUCACUGCCUUUCUCUUCCAUCCAUUCUCCAUUUUCUUUUCCUCCCCACAAUACUCUAACAUCACUGGCCUCUCCAAAGUUCACUCUAGCUGUACCUUCUAAGCUGCAUGAAUCUGACAGUUCUGAGGAGGAGUUUAUAUCCCUACUGGAGAGACUGAAGAAUAAAAACAAGUUCACUGGCACUACAUUCCCACCAAAGAGCACCCAUGUUCCUCCUGUGAAGGAACUUGUAACACCAGCCUCUAAAUCACUUGGGGAAACACCUCCGAGUGUGAAGACACCUGGAAAAUCAACCAUCUUGAAGCCCACAGUCAGUCAGACCGAGCCUAGACCAGGCUCCACCAGCAGGUUGGCGCAGUGUAAGACCCCCGGAUGCUUCUUGCAGUCUUUAUCAAACACUGGCUCCAGCUGUGGCCGCAAUUUUAAGCAGAUCAAGGAAGCACACACCAGUAGACUUUACCAGCUGUUCAAUACCAGUGUGUUUGACAAUAAGCUCCCCACUAAUAUGUCAGUGACUUGGAAUAAGAAGAUGCGGAAAACAGCCGGUUACUGUAUCACGGGUCAGGAGCGAUGUGGAGGGAACCGCCAUGCCCGCAUUGAACUUUCGGAGAAAGUCUGUGACUCUGCAGAUCGUCUCAGGGACACACUGAUUCAUGAAAUGUGUCAUGCUGCGACCUGGCUGAUUCAUGGUGUAAGGGACGGGCAUGGAAACUUCUGGAAGCUGUAUGCUCGCAAGUCCACUCUGGCGCAUCCCGAGCUACCUAUGGUCACCCGCUGCCACAGUUAUGACAUCAAGUACAAAUUCCAGUACCAGUGCACCCGCUGCCAGAAUACGAUCGGGCGGCAUUCUAAGUCAUUGGACACGCAGAGGUUCAUGUGUGCCCUCUGCAACGGGCAACUUGUAUUACUGACGGCUGCCAAGCCGCGUGCUCCCACACAGUUUGCCAAUUUUGUCAAAGAGAAUUAUGGGACUGUACGACAGGAGCUAUCAGGACAAAGCCACGGUGAAGUGAUGCGUAAACUUAGUGCAGACUUUGCCUCCAAGACUAAACUGAGUCAAAGCUGAGUGUGUGUGUGUGUGUGUGUGUGCGUCCAUCCCUCGCUCCCUCACUCCCCCUGGAACCUUCCAGUGAUUUGUACUGUACAGUGAAUGUUUGAUUGUAUCCACUAAUUUGACUAUUUUUAUUUUCCUGUUGAGAACUCUAUAAAUGAAGUUGAAAUGUGUAUAUGUAAAUUAUAGGGCCAUUUGAUUUUUUACUUUUAGUUUAGAAAACGUAUUGGGAGAUACAAUAUGUCAUUUUAUGAAUCUGGUUUCAGUCCUGUGGUUUUAAAGUUCAUACUAAUCUGCUUAAUUAAAAAUGCUCUUUAAUACUU